UCGGAGUGUGACAAAUUCUUAUAUGAUGUGAGAAGCUCGUGUCCAGAAGGAUUCCAGUUUUAAAUUUCAACAACCUGGCCUUGAACUCCCUGUGCUUGACAAAUACUUCAAUAUUUCUUGUAAUCUAGAUUAAAACUCUGUUGCCAAAAAGUGUUUGAUGGCAUCUUUAGGAAGAAAGCGAACAGAUGAAAAACCAGCCAAUGGAUUUCUACACAUGUCAACAUUAUCUAAAGCAUUUGCUUCAGGAUCUACGUGGGAGGAUAAAGAUGAAUUUCUGGACGUCAUUUACUGGAUGCGACAAGUGAUUGGUCUUGUUCAAGGCUUGGUAUGGGGAUUACUUCCUCUUAAAGGAUUUUUUGGAUUGCUUUUAUUUUUCAUUUUCAACCUUGGUAUUGUGUACAUGUACUACAACAUGUUUCAAAAGAUUGAUGAUGAGGAAUAUGGUGGAACUUCAGAAAUCUUAAAAGAGGGACUUAUGACAUCAUUUGCAGCUUUUCUGGUAACAUGGAUUGUAAUCUAUUCAUCACUACACACCGAAUCAUAGCAUUGAUUUCAGAGCAAGGAGAACAUCAAGAAACACCUAGGAGGAUUCAUUUCACACUUAACACGGCAAUCAAGACUGUGUCAUUAUUAGCAUGGAAGAGACAGUGCAGUUUUAAUCAUUACAAAGAGAUUUAUGUUGUUCUAUCAGUGUAAAGUGUACUUUUCUCUUGAAAACCAUGAUUUUCAUUUAUGGAGUAGUAUAUUUUGUUCAUCAAACAAUAUUUGACUUUUAAGCACUCUGGAAGACACUGGUUGUAUUUUUCAGAUGAACAUGUGUGUGUUUAGUGUGCACACAUGUAUUUUAAAUGUUCCUCAAGUUUUAUAUGGUAUUUUUAACAUGUCAAAAUAAUGACUUGUAUUCAGUAAUACUUGUUUUAAUGUUAGUGAUGAUCAGUUGUAGUAGAGAUCGGUCUGAUAUGCAGAAGAAGAUCAAUUAUAGAUAUUUAAUAAAUAUAAUCGGGGAAAUACUUAUCGUCGAAAUAUACGCAAAAACUUGAUAUUUGUUCAUUUGUCAUUGACAGAGUCAUAUACCUAUACAAGAUACAUUUACUCGUAACAUAGAAUUUUUCUCUCGAGUUCAAACAUGAUACAUACUGUUUACAGGAAAAUCUUUGCACAUUAAUAAUGAUUAUUAAUGUUGCAUUGGAAAACAGUUUUGUGCCAUUUUGAAUUCAACCAAAGUCAUGUUUUUUUACUUUAGAGUAUUGAAUAAAUUUAAAUUUGCUCAGUU